GAUUUCCCGCAGCACAACCAUUUCCUACGCUGUCCUGUUGAGCACGGCAGACUACGAGUUGCAGCCACAGUCGUCAUCUCGUCAGGCUAAGUCUGUAACCUCCGUUCGUGGAACCAUGAAACCAGCCGUGUUUCUGACGAGUUCCGUCCAGCUAGGACUGAGGCAUGUGCUCGGCCGACGUCCGUUGCUGCUCGUACCAAAGACCCCCGGUGCUGGCUGUCAGUCUAGGGCGGCGCUGUUUGACUGGACAGGUGACCUCUCCACCGACGUGGGCUCCGUCACGUCGGCCCUGACGUGCUGCGACAAGCUCAAGGAGCAGGCGUUCCAGUACCGCUUCAUGAACGUGGGGACUCCUGACGGUCAGCCGAAUCCAACAGCGGGGGACGCUGCUGCCCCACAGCCUGGCGCGGUACUGCAAUCCCUGGUCAAAGAUCUCAAGGCGAAUCCACCGUCGCACGGCCCUCAUGAGUCUCCCAGUUUCGCCAUGUUUCUGGUCGACUUACUGUGCGCGCUAGGUAACCUAUAGCGUACCUCUCCCCACCAUUGUCCAAUGAGCAUAGGAAGCGACACUACACAAUCCAGAAAAUGCUGUAGAUGGUCACAUAUACACUUUUUGAUGGAAGCGUUACUUCACUGUA